CCUUGAUCAUUAGCUCAGUAUAAAGCCCAAGAUGCCAAGUCUCACGGCACACACGAACUCGCCUCCCUCCUCCGUUUACCAACACCACCAACCGGCCGGCAAGGCGGCAACAGCAUCUCCUCCUCCUCCUCCUCCUGCCGACCAUGUCCGGCAGCCGCAACAGCCGCGAGAAGACGUGCUGCGGCAGCUGCUGCACGUUCUUCAUCUCCCUCGGCUUCUUCGUGCUCAUCUACUGGGCCAUCUUCCAGCCCCACCAGAUACGCGCCACCGUCGACUCCGCCGCGCUCUCCAACCUCACCGUCUCCAACGCCUCCUCCGCCGUCUCCUACCUCCUCGCCGUCAACCUCAGCCUCUACAACCCCAGCAAGCGCGUCAACAUCUACUACGACACCCUCGACGCCGAGCUCCGCUUCCGCGACGCCGUCCUCGGCCCGGCCGCCAGCGCUGCCUCCCCGACCGAGUUCUACCAGAGCAGGAAGUCCGGCGACGUCGUGAAGUUGGAGUUCGACGGGAGGGGCGUCUCCGUCGCCGGCGACGUCGCCCGGGAGUUGGAGAAUGAGAUGAAGGGCGAGGCGCCGGUGAGUCUGGAGCUGGACGUCGACGUGCGGGUGAGGUACGUGUUCGGGAGCAUCAAGAUACGGCAGAAGCCGAGGAUCCGAUGCGCGCUGAGCAUCCCGGUCAAGGCGGAGGGCCGCGGCGCCGGUGCUGGCGGCGCUGUGUCCUCCGGCGACCGGUGUAGUGUCAAGUACUGAUGAUUGGGUACUCGCUUUGGACAUUAGUGAUUUGGCAAGGGAUUGAUGCUAUUGUUUGGGUUGAUUACUGCUGUACAAUAUAUUUUUUUUAAGAACGCACUGGGCACGUUUUUUU